AUUCCUCGCCGCGCAACGCCCUGCCCACGCCUGGCCCAGCUGACAUCGGCAACUCUGCAGGAACACCCCUCGGGUCAGUGCAUCAGCACUACGGGGGGUGACUCAGCACGCCGGGGGCCCUGACCCGUGCUCCCCUGGUGGUGGCUGCUGCUGCAACCUUAGUGCCAGUCACGGGCCGCCGCCCCGUCCCGCGUCGCUCCUGCCUCAAGGCCUCCGUUCGCUCCACACACACCUCUCUAUAGCAAAUUCACAGUGCAAGUAAAAUGUUCACGACCAGCAAGCGCUGCGCCUUUUGCGACGGCCCGCUGCCAUUUGGUAUGUUUGUGUUCUGCUGCAAUGAGUGCCAGCGCUGCUUCCACCGCGCGCGCGGCACCGCCCCCAGCGGCUGGUCCAAGCAGGAGUUCCGCGACCUAUGCCGCGAGCAGCAGAAGAUGCUGGAUGACCAUGAGCGCAAAGUGAAUAAGGACAAGCGGCGGUGAGUGUUAGGUGCAUUAGGUUAGCCGGCAUGAUUAGGGUCACCCUGAAUGGCACGGAUCGGAAAUGUGCGCGCCACUUUGUAACUAGGCACACGAAAGGUGCGGAGGCACCGGGUUGAGUGGAUAGUGUCAAUAAGGCGCGGAGAGAGAUGCAGCUGCAGAGCGCAGCUGUGCAGGCAGUGCUGUGACUCCAGACGAGCAGACGUUGUGUUGUAAUGCUGAAGGUUG